GCCACAUCACUCUUUCAUCAGCUCCUUCUGUGUAUUUCUCGAUCAAUAAAGCAAUAUGGUUAGUUUCAAUGAAUUAAAAAAGGCUCUUGUAGCGGAUAUCACGACGGAUAUGUCGUCCUUGAAUGAACCGUUAUCUGAUUCCCAGUACAAUUGCGGGUUCGACAUAUUGUUGAAUGGUUCAGAAUGGAACUUGUAUGAGGAAUUUAUCAUUCCCCAAUUGUCUCAACAAGUAGCCUCACUUCUCGCUACACGUUCCACUCUUUCAGUGCUUGAAAUUGGACCCGGUUCGAAGAGCGUGCUUGGUUAUAUGCCCCUCUAUCUUAGACGGAAGAUUAGAAGAUACGCUGCAUUUGAGCCCAACAUAAUAUCGGCUACAGGCUUGGAAGACUGGAUCUCUUCUUGCCCAGAAUCCAACUCGCUAUUUCCUUGCUUAGAAACUACACCCCAUAUCUAUAGAGCACCUUUUGUUCUUGAAGAUGAGGGGGAGAAGAACAUCAUCGAAACUAAUGCUAGUCAUGACGAGCAAACUUUCGACCUCAUUCUCUUUUGUCAUAGCAUGUAUGGUAUGAAACAGAAAGAAAGAUUCGCCAGAAAAGCGGUAGAAAUGCUUGUUCCAAAUCCAGAAAGUGGAAGGGUAGUGAUAUUCCAUCGCGACCAAAGCCUUGAGCUUGAUGGAUUGGCUUCUUAUAGUACCACUGUUUUUCCGACCGGAACAGUCUCUUUACCAGACAAAAAUGAGGCAUUGGAUGCGUUUGCUCCCUUCGUCGUGGGUUACAUCAAGAAGGAUGUAGAAGCGGAUAUGGCUUUACGGAUCAAGUGGAGAGAAACAUGUCGCGCCUUGGCUUGCCAUGAUGAAAAGAUAACGGGAUGUCUGUUUUUCAGUUCGCCUCAGCGUAUGGUAUCCCUCACAAGACAUGCGAAUGCGUUAGUCGAACUUGUAUUGCAGGUGCCACUAGCGAAAGAAGGCCGAAUUGUCAAAAGUUGGGAGGCUCGCUUGCAUCGACCUACUUCCAUAUGCAGGCCAACAACGGUGGAACAUGUCCGAAAAUGCGUUCAGUGGGCUUUGAAGCACAAAUUGAAACUUACCGUAAUUGGUGGCGGCCACAGCGCACACUGUCUGUGGCCCAACGUUGUCUCAAUCGAUCUGGAAGCCUUCAAUCGAGUGCAUGUUAUCACCUCGAGUGAUAAUGCCAAUACUCGGCCUGCUUCGAACUCUCUAAUUGUAGCUGAGGCCGGAUGCAAGGUGGGAGAUAUAAUUCAAGAAGCAAUGAAGUUUGGUUUGACAGUACCUUUGGGAUCCCGACCAAGUGUGGGCGCUGGCUUAUGGCUACAAGGCGGCUUUGGGCAUCUAUCUAGGCUUUAUGGGCUGGCGUGUGACAAUAUUGUAGGUGCUGUUAUAGUCAGUGUUACUUCUGGUCAGAUCUAUCAUGUCGGAGAAGUACCGGCUCAAAAUCUACCAGCCGGUGCAAUAAGACCCGAAAACGAAAACGACUUAUUAUGGGCAAUCAAAGGCGCUGGAACAAACUUCGGGAUUGUCAUCAGUGUCACUUUCAAAACUUAUUCGGCUCCAACUUAUUUCGUUAGAAACUGGAUCUUUCCUGUUGGGGAAGGGACAGAAGUACGUCUCAAGCUUGGUGAUGUCAACUCGAUUGCCAGGAAUCUUCCUCGGAGCUGUUCUAUAGAUGCAUUUCUCUACUCGGACAAAAAUCAACUCCAUCUUGGUGUGACCAUGUUUCAAGCUUCGAUAAACAAGAACUUUGAAAUGCCUUCACUGGUAAAUGAUAUUCUGGGACCAGUCAAACAGUGCAAGGAAGUGGAUGGUGUCGGCUUAUUUGAGACUGAAAUGUACAUGUCGACGAUGCACGGCGGACACAGUGGAAAAACUUCCUCAUUUAAGCGAUGCUUGUUCUUGGAUAAUAUUGACGAUGUGCAAAUCGUCGAUAUCUUGAGAGAAGCUAUUAAAAAUUGCCCCACACCAUUUUGCUAUCUUCAUCUUCUUCAAUGUGGUGGGGCAACUCGUGAUAAUACCACAGAAGCCUCUGCUUUUGGAUGUCGGGAUUGGGAAUUUGCCUGUGUCAUUACUGGCGUCUGGCCUCGCAACCGAACUGAGACUGAACCGGUUCGAACCACUAUUCAGUGGGUCUAUGAUAUCGUCAAGAGAUUGCUGCCAUUUUGUAGCGGAGUCUACAGCGCUGACCUUGGACCAGACCCUAGGGACAACGCACUGGCAGCUAAGGCAUUCGGAGCAAACAUGUCACGUCUAGCCCAAUUAAAGCAUACCAUGGACCCAUAUAAUGUUAUAGCUUACGCCUGCCCGUUAUUUGAGACUCCAACGAAACAAAAAUUAAUCAUUCUUGUCACAGGUGACAGUGCAGCCGGUAAAGACUUCUGCGCCGAGAUCUGGGUCACUAUAAUAAUCGGAUGUGCCAGUCGAAUGCUCACAGCACGUUCAGUCAGUAUUAGUGAUGCUACUAAGCGAGAAUAUGCGACAGAGACUGGUGCUGAUAUAAAUCGGCUUCUUUCGGAUCGUUCUUACAAAGAGGAACACCGACCAGCUUUGACAAAGUUCUACGAGAAACAGGUGAUCAAUCAUCCUCAGGCACCAAUGGAGCACUUCCAGAGUGUUGUACGUGAUUCUGGUAGCUUUGACGUGCUUUUCGUUACUGGCAUGAGAGACGAGGCCCCACUUACAACCUUUUCGCACCUGGUACCAGACAGCAAGGUUCUCGAUGUCCGGGUCAACGCUAGUCAAGUGGUGCUUCGAGCUCACAAUAUAGGCUGUUAUGAGGAAACUAAAGUUAGCCUUGAUGGCCCAAAUUUAUCGACCUUACCCUAUCUACCCAGUCUUGUCUUUAACAAUCAGACAUUAGGCAGUGAGGCUGCGAAGACUUUCGCCAAAAAGUAUUUUCUGCCAUUGUUGCAUGAGGACUUCACGCGACUUGCAAACAUGGUACGAGCGGUACCCAAUCAUCCACGUCAGAGUGUGACUUUUCGUCACGUACUUGGCAUCUGUCAAAAUCCGGGUGGAUUGACUUUAUGUACUGAUCUUCUACAAAGGCACUUCAUUGGUGAAUGGGCUAAAGUCGAUACUUUAGUUUGUUGCGAAUCCGGUGGGUUCUUAUUUGCAUCACCUUUAGGAGCGCAGACUGGUAUACCAUUGGCAUUGGUUCGAAGAUCUGGUAAAUUACCACCACCCACUAUCUCGGUCGAGAAGUCGCCAUCGCAUAUCUCGUAUGCGGAAUCUGGAGAUUCGCAACAAAACAUGUUUGAGAUGGACCUAGGUCUGAUUUGCAAAAGCAACUCUAUUUUGGUAGUGGACGAUGUGCUUGCAACUGGAAGGACACUUUGUGCAGUUUUGAAGCUAAUGAUGAAAGCUGGCGUUCAGCCCAAAAACAUCAGAGUUAUGGUCGUUGCUGAGUUCCCCACUCAUAGUGGUCGAGAAUUAUUACGUCAAGAAGGUUUUGGAGAAGUUGGAAUUCAAAGUCUUUUAGUUUUUGGUGGUAAGUAAGAGGAAAGAUUUCUGUCAUGUUGUAAUUCGGUUCCAUGGAUGAAGAAGUAAUUGCGUUGAGGUCGUUGGGAGUAAUUUUGAAAUGUGGGAUUGAUUUCAUGAUCACGUGCAUGUAUCGUGACGGUUCCGGAAUUAUCAACUCUCAUUAGUCCAGGAAUCACUAGGUUCUUUACAUGAGAAAUUGGAUAAAUUAUUGUUUAAUUUACAAAAUUAUGCCGAAGGCACUCUGGUGCACACUAUGCUAUCUGGUAUUUGAGGGAAAAUUUGUACGAGGGAUAAAGUUUCAAACAAAAUCUUGAACGUGUUCUAUCAUUUUUCGUACCUUUUAUCAUAAUUCCAUCGGAUUCUUA